CCUCCCAUCGCUGACUGCAGCCCCAGGCCCCGCCAUGGGGAAUGUGCCCUCCGCGGUGAAGCAUUGCCUCAGCUAUCAGCAGCUUCUGCGGGAGCAUCUCUGGAUCGGGGAUUCAGUGGCAGGGGCGCUCGACUCGGCGCAGGAAUCAUCCCAGUUAUCUGGGCUCCCUGAAUAUGUUAAAAUAGUAGAAGUUGGGCCUAGGGAUGGAUUGCAGAAUGAAAAGGUUAUAGUUCCUACAGACAUAAAAGUUGAAUUUAUCAAUCGACUUUCCCAAACUGGCUUGUCUGUAAUAGAAGUAACCAGCUUUGUGUCCUCCAAAUGGGUGCCACAGAUGGCUGAUCACACUGAAGUGAUGAAAGGCAUUAAUCAAUAUCCAGGAGUUCGAUAUCCUGUCCUUACUCCUAAUCUUCAGGGUUUUCACCGUGCUGUUGCUGCUGGAGCCACUGAGAUAUCAGUUUUUGGUGCUGCAUCUGAAUCCUUUAGCAAGAAGAAUAUUAAUUGUUCCAUUGAAGAAAGUAUGGGAAAGUUUGAAGAGGUCGUUAAGUCUGCAAGGCACAUGAAUAUUCCAGUUCGAGGGUAUGUGUCUUGUGCCUUGGGCUGCCCAUACGAAGGAAGUAUUACACCGCAAAAAGUCACAGAAGUGUCUAAGAGAUUGUAUGGCAUGGGCUGUUAUGAGGUUUCUCUGGGAGACACCAUUGGAGUGGGGACUCCAGGAAGCAUGAAGAGAAUGUUGGAAAGUGUCAUGAAAGAAAUACCUCCAGGUGCUCUUGCUGUUCACUGUCAUGACACUUACGGACAGGCCUUAGCAAAUAUCCUUACGGCCCUUCAGAUGGGAAUUAACGUGGUGGACUCCGCAGUGUCAGGAUUAGGUGGCUGCCCUUAUGCAAAAGGUGCUUCCGGGAAUGUAGCCACUGAGGAUUUGAUAUAUAUGCUUAAUGGCCUGGGGCUCAAUACAGGUGUGGAUCUCUACAAAGUAAUGGAAGCUGGUGACUUUAUAUGCAAAGCUGUGCAUAAAAAUACAAACUCUAAAGUAGCACAAGCCUCCUUCAGUGCUUGACAUCAGUGGAUUUGUGACUUAAGAUCAAGAAGAUCCAUUUCAGCAGCAUACAUUCAUCUGAAAAUCAUUAGUGCCAACUCAUUUUGAAAUGUAAUAGGCAAAGGUGGAGAAAGAGGAACAACUUUUUAAAAACAUUAUUACUGAAUAGACUAUGACGUCAAUAGUAAGCAAUACCAGUCAUCAGGUAAAUCAUAAUUGGAGGAUGAGUAAUGAAACUUGUAGACAUCCUUUUGAA